CCGGUUAUCACCGAUUUCACUCGUUUCCAACGACCUCCACCGCUUAUACUUAAUACAAACGUAUCACCAUCCAAACCAUCAAUCAACAUGCGCUCCUUCGCCACCAUCGCUGCCUUCGCCGGCGCCGCUAACGCCUAUGCCGCCUACUACCCGGCUGCCCCCGCUGUCAACACCACCAGUGUAGCAACUCCCGUCUACGAGGCCUCUUCCCAGGUUCCCUACGCCGCGAGCUCCGCCCCUGCGUACACCACCACCAAGGUCGUUACCGGUCUGACCACCGUCUGCCCGGAGCCUACUACCGUCACCUACGGCUCCAAGACCUACACUGUCUCCACCAGCACCACCCUUGUUGAUGACGACUGCGAGUUCACCACCACCUACGAGGUCAAGCCCACUCCUUCCGUCGUCAAGCCCACCGCCGAGAAGCCUACCGCCGAGAAGCCCACUGCUGAGUACUCCGCUCCCCCGGCUCCCACCGCGGUCAAGCCUUACCCAUCUGCUGGCAACGGCACCACUCCUUCCUACCCCACUGCCGUCAAGCCCAGCGGCAGCGGCACCAAGCCCUCCACCCCUGAGUUCACUGGCGCCGCCGCCCAGGCUGGUGUCGGCCUCAUGGCUGUCAUCGGUGCCGUCGCUGCUUUCUUGUAAGCAGUUCGCUCCUGAGCGAUUCGACAAAGUUUGGUUUACCAUGCUCUGAAGAGUCACUUUUGAGUUUGUAAAAGGGGGAUCAUGGCUUCACGGUUAAUGGCUACGACUUCACAUCACGGUACGGUCAAGCAUUGGGAUGCGAGUCUUCGGUCUUAACCUGCUUCCUUGCGCAAUACGUCGCAGCAGCAUUUCGAUUCAUGGACAAUUUUGGAAUAUAUUAAUACGCUUUGUCGAAAGGGCUACUGUCCAGAGGGGGGAAGUUCGUGUGGUCCGGUGGAUUCAUGUUCCUUAGAUUCUCUGGCUUAGUGAAGAGAAUUGGCAAGAUAAUAUACAUGAUAUCCACGCAACCU